AUGCAAAUUUUUGUUAAAAAAGUUGGUAAUUCCGCCGUCUCAUACGAAUUUAAAGAAACAGAUACUAUUGAAAGGGUUAAAGCUGUAAUUGAAGGAAGAGAAGGUGUUCCAAUUGAUCAACAAACAUUAUCUUUCUUAGGUAAAAAAUUAGAGAAUGGUCGUACUUUAGGAGAAUUAAAAAUUCAACCGGGUUCCACAAUCAAUUUAUCACUUAGAUUAAGAGGAGGAAAUUAA